GAUUUUGGGCGUUCGGCAGUUUUGGCGCACCGCCGAUGGCCUUCCGCCUCGCUUUAGCUUUCUGCGCCGCAGCGGCGCAGCUUUCCCGCGCGCCGGAUGCGCUGCAGGAUGCCGUGGAGGGCAUUGCCGGCCUGAUGCGGCGCUUUGAGGAGCUGCAGCCCGCCAUCGCGCAGGCGCAGCUGGCGCCGGGGGAGCUGCAGCAGGUCUCCGAGCCCGCGCAGAAGCUGCACGAGCGGUUCGAGGCCAUCCAGCGGAGACUCCAAGUCGAUGCGGGGCCCGACUUGGAGGAGGAGGCGAUCAAUUUCCACCGAGACCUGGCCGUCUUUGUGCACGGCGUGGCCCGGCGCAUCGGCCCACCGUCGCCUGGAGCGCCCGGCCUCGCGCCGGCCGCGCUCGGCGACUCGCGCGGCGCCGCGCUCGGCGGCCUGGGGGCCGCCGGCGCCGGCGCCGGCGCCGCCGGGGCCGGGGCUUCGGCGGCGACGGAGCGGCGCUUGCAGAAGGCCAUGCAGGACAUCCAGUCCGGCAUGCAGCGGUUCGAGGCGUUGCACCCCAAGCUGCCCAGCCUGCCGCAGCAGGUCUUCGACCCCCUGGCGACCCAAGCGCAGCGGCUCCACGAGGAGUUCCUUCGGCUGCAGCAGAAGGGCAUCCAGCUGUCAGGCGGGCAGAUGCUGGAGGCGCAGGCGGUGCCCUACGCGGAGGAGCUGGAGUCCUACGUCUCCAGGCAGCUGUCCUUCGUGGGGGACGCGGAGCAGCAGGUGAGGCAGACGGCCGGUGGCGGCGCUUUCGGCGGUGCCUUUGGUACGGGCUACCAGGGCAUGCUGGGCACCCCUCUGACUGGCUCGCCGCCCUUGGGCGGCUCGCCGCCGUUGGGCGGAUCGCAGCCCUUGGGCGGAUCGCAGCCCUUGGGCGGACAGCCCUCCGUGCAGAUGCCGCCUUUGCAGGGCCAGGCUGCGAGCGCCGUGGGGCAGGUGACUCCAGCCACCGACAAGCGCCUUGGCUCGGUGAUCGAUGGGGUCAUCCGCCUCAUGCAGGAGUUCCAAGGCCUGGCGCCGCAGCUGGCGCAGAUCCCACAGGCGCUCGGGCCCCUGGCGAACACCGGCACCCAGCUGGACGCCAAGUUCAAGGAGCUGCAGCGCCGGGGCACGGAGAUCGCAGGGGACAGCUCCAGGCCGAUGAUGGAGAAGGAUGCGAGCCAAUACCUGCAGGACAUGGAGGCCUUCCAUGCAGAGCAGGAGAGGUAUGUCGAGCAGGCAAAGCAGCUGCUGAAGUCAUCGCCUGCACCAGGCCUAGGCGCCUCUGGCGGGCUGGGCAGUGCGAGACUUGAAGAUCUCAGAGGUCCGGGUCCCAGCGUGGCACCCAUGCCGGCCUUCGGUGGGCUGCGCCCGUCCUUCGAGACGGGGGCGUCCCCCAGCGUGGCGCCCGGCUUCGGUGGGCUGCCUGGCGGCCUCGGCGGUGGCCUCGGCAGCGGCUUCGGCGGCGGCUUCGGCGGCUUGAAGCCGUCGCCGGCUGCCGGCUUUGGGGCGAGAAGAGCCGCAUUGGAGGCGCCCGGGCUCGGAAGCCUGGAGGAGAUGGGGCGAGUCAAGCUCAACACGGCGGUGCUGCCAAAGAAUGGCAUCGGCGUGUGCAGCGCCGGCGGGUGCAGCCUGCCAGAAAGGUAAAGGAGUGCCCUACAUCUCCCAGUGCGCCGCGACGUACGAGCGCCCUCAAUUGAGUUCGGAGAACCGCUGCGCAACGCAGAUGGGAAGUUUCAGGAACCCGACAGCCGAACAAAUUCCAGCUCGGCCCGGCAUAGGCGUGUACCGCGUGUCGCUUUCUUGGGGAUUUCGCCCAGUUCAGGGUCACGUGUUUUCUCAUUGAGGGACCCCCAAAAGGGCUCCCUCGUUCAAUCAGAGUGACUGGGUUGAGA